GGGAGGGGGGGCUUUGGCUUUUACUCUGAGCACGACGGGAGCCCUGGUUUGGAGCUGAGGAGUCACCUGCUCUGACUUGGGGUCUGGCAGGCCCAUCCAACUGUGGGGUGGAGAAUGGACGGUGAUGGGUGGGCUAAGGGCAAAAGGAGAGCCUGGUGAGAGAAUCGGUACUGUCGUUCUGGGGAGAGACCAUAGUGGCUUACACCAUAGCCCACAGGUGGUUAAAAAAAAUAGAAAAAAAACCCCAGACCUUCAGAUUUGGGAUAUAUUUCAAAGGCUAUGUCAAUAGGAUUUGGGGUGCAAGAGAAAGGUAGAAUCAAGGAUGAUUCUGAGUUUUUGGCUCGAGCUUCUGGAGGUUUGAAGCUGUCGUGAACCGAAAUGGGAGUUGCGAUGGGGGAGAUCAGGAGUUUGGUUUUGUGCUUGUGUGAGCUGUCCAUUAGGCAUCAAUGAUGAUUAAGCAGUUGGGAAAAGUUAAGGGCGGAGGUUGGAGUUGAAAAUGAAACUGUGGGCAUCGUCACCAUAUAGCUGGUAUUUAAAGCCACAAGAGCAGGUGGAUUCAUCUAGGAAGGGGGCUAUAUGGAGAAGAGAAGGGGUCCAACCAUUGAGUGCCGGGGUCCCUGGUGUUAAGAACCAGCCAAGAAGACAGGAAGAGUGAAAAUCAGAGAGUUGGGGUGCCCCAAGGAGGAAGGAGGGAGCAAUUAUGACCAAUGCUCCUGGCAGAGCAGGCAGGCUGAGGGCUUAGGAUUGAGCAACAGGAGGUCACUGGUGACCAUGACCAAAACAGUCUCACUGGAGCUGGAUGGGGAACUUGGGGGAUGAGAAGGGAUGGGAGGAUUUGGGAACAGUAGUGCAAGCAACAGACAAGGGGGCCUGCUAUAAAGGAGGCAAAGAAAUGGGAUUGGAACCAAAUGAAGAGGGGCGUCAAGAGAGGGCUUUACUUUUACAAUGGAGGAUUAGAGUGCAUUGUUCACUGGUGGGGGGAGCUGGUCUCUUAGGGAGAGAAGUUCAGUGAAGGGGAGGGAGAAUGGAGGAUGGCUGGGGGAGGGUGUGGGGCUUGGUGCCCGCGGAGACCCAGAAGGCUUGGGAAGUUGAGCUUCCCUGGGUUUCCCCUCCUCUCCUGUCUGCAAGGGGUCAGUGGGCUGAGAUUUCAGCACUUAAGCCAUGCAUUUGCUCUUGGCCCUAAAGAAACCAGGCUGGCUGUGGUCUCAGGAAGGAAGGAGGUGUCCGGCCUCAGGUCUGGGCCUGGCGUUCAGGGAGAGGCCACGUGGGUCGCCCCUUGACCCUCUCUUUCAGCAAGGAAGUGCCCGUUUCUCUACAUGGCCCUCACCUUGGGGAGGACAAUGGUGUCUUUGAAGUUGUAGUAACUGAAGGAGAGAGCAGAAGGCGAUACAGAUAGACUGAUAGAUUUUGUCUGAAGAGGGGAAGCCCGACCAGGUGAUACAGGGGUAAGAGGAAGGAUGUUAAGGACAAUUUUUAGGAAACGGAUAAUAAGUGAAUAUCUAUUUUUUCUCUGUCUUUCUCAAUUUAAACGGAAGCAGGAAAAUCUGAAGCAAGACAUAAUGAGGAACUUCCCAAGCUGGGGAGCUUCCUGAGCUGGUUAGUGAUGACAGCACUAAGGCCAGGUCCUCCUCAGAUGUUUAAGAUGAGACAGGAUAAUGCCUGCUCAGAGACAGGGGGCUGGCUGAAUUGGUCCUUAGGAUUCCCUCUGCUCUGAGGCUUCUGGAAGAAGGCAAGGGCAGAGGUGUGGUGAUGCAGCUGCUGGUGGCUUGGGCGGGUCUCCCCACAUGGCUUGAGCCAUGUGGCUUGGGCGGGCCUCCCCUUCCUGGAGUCCACAGAAACCGGAUGUCACUAGCCGGAGUGUGUAUGGCUCACACGUACGCCAGGCUGCUCCAGGCUUGGUGUGCUAGGGAGGGGUCCCUACUUACUUUCGACCUGUCCCCCUGUGAAUGUGUCUCAUGUCCCCAGUGGGGUUUUUCAGUGAGGGUCGUGGUCGCCAGGAUACACAAGUCGUUGUGCCAGAAUUGCCUGGAAUUACUUAGUCCUGGAUGGCUGGUUGGCCAACUCUGGUCUCCGGCUCUUCCUUUGGGAAUUUCCCUGGGAGGUGGCUGGGCUCGCCAGUCCUGUGCCUCUGGGCUUUUGGCAUUCUGUGCAAGGCCCACCCACAGAUGCCAUGCCUGCUUCCCCAGCCUAGUGGGCUUUGAUGGGGGAAGAGAGUGGUCCAGGCUCUCCUGAUGAGGAAGAAGGAGCAAGUGUCCUCCUCGAACAUUCCCUGGGUUGUGAAAUGUGCUCGCAGGAGGCUUUUCAGGCUCAGAGAAGCCAGCUGGUGGAACUUUUGGUCUCGGGGUCCCUGGAAGGCUUCGAGAGUGUCCUGGACUGGCUGCUCUCCUGGGAGGUCCUCUCCUGGGAAGACUACGAGGGCUUCCACAUCCUGGGCCAGCCUCUCUCCAACUUGGCCAGGCGCCUCCUGGAUACCAUCUGGAAUAAGGGUACUUGGGCCUGUCAGAAACUCAUCGCAGCUGUCCAGGAAGCCCAGGCUGACAGCCAGACCCCCAAGCUGCAUGGCUGCUGGGACCCCUACUCGCUCCACCCAGCCCGAGACCUGCAGAGUCACCGGCCAGCCAUUGUCAGGAGGCUCCACAGCCAUGUGGAGGGCAUGCUGGACCUGGCACGGGAGCGGGGUUUCGUCAGCCAGUAUGAAUGUGAUGAAAUCAGGUUACCGAUUUUCACACCAUCCCAGAGGGCAAGAAGGCUGCUCGAUCUUGCCACAGUGAAGGCGAAUGGAUUGGCUGCCUUCCUUCUACAGCAUGUUCAAGAAUUACCAGUCCCGUUGGCCCUACCUUUGGAAGCUGCCACAUGCAAGAAGUACAUGGCCAAGCUGAGGACCACGGUGUCCGCUCAGUCUCGCUUCCUCAGUACCUAUGACGGGGCAGAGACGCUCUGCCUGGAGGACAUAUACACAGAGAAUGUCCUGGAGGUCUGGGCGGAUGUGGGCAUGGCUGGACCCCCACAGAAGAGCCCGGCCACCCUGGGGCUGGAGGAGCUCUUCAGCACCCCUGGCCACCUCAAUGAUGAUGCGGACACUGUGCUGGUGGUGGGCGAGGCGGGCAGCGGCAAGAGCACACUCCUGCAAUGGCUGCACUUGCUGUGGGCUGCAGGGCGAGACUUCCAGGAAUUUCUCUUUGUCUUCCCAUUCAGCUGCCGGCAGCUGCAGUGCGUGGUCAAACCACUCUCUGUGCGGAUGCUACUCUUUGAGCACUGCUGUUGGCCUGACGUUGAUCAACAGGACAUCUUCCAGUUCCUCCUUGACCACCCUGACCGUGUCCUGCUAACCUUUGAUGGCUUUGACGAGUUCAAGUUCAGGUUCACGGACCGCGAACGUCACUGCUCCCCAACAGACCCCACCUCUGUCCAGACCCUGCUCUUUAACCUUCUGCAGGGCAACCUGCUGAAGAAUGCCCGCAAGGUGGUGACCAGCCGUCCUGCUGCCGUGUCAGCAUUCCUCAGGAAGUACAUCCGCACCGAGUUCAUCCUCAAGGGCUUCUCUGAAGAGGGCAUCGAGCUGUACUUGAAGAAGCGCCAUCGUGAGCCUGAAGUGGCGAACCGCCUCAUCCGCCUGCUCCAAGCGACCUCAGCCCUGCGUGGUUUGUGCCACCUUCCCGUGUUCUCAUGGAUGGUGUCCAAAUGCCACCAGGAACUAUUGCUGCAGGAGGGCGGGUCCCCGAAGACCACUACAGAUAUGUACCUGCUGAUCCUACAGCAUUUUCUGCUGCAUGCUGUCCCCCCAGACUCAGCCUGCCAGGGUCUGGGACCCAGUCUCCUUCUGGGCCGCCUCCCCACCCUCCUGCGCCUUGGCAGACUUGCUCUCUGGGGCCUGGGCAUGUGCUGCUAUGUGUUCUCAGUCCAGCAGCUCCAGGCAGCACAGGUCAGCCCUGAUGACAUUUCUCUCGGCUUCUUGGUGCGUGCCAAAGGUGUCAUGCCAGAGAGUAUGGCGCCCCUGGAAUUCCUGCACAUCACUUUCCAGUGCUUCUUUGCUGCAUUAUACCUGGUACUCAGUGCUGACGUGCCGCCAGCCUUGCUCAGACACCUCUUCAAUUGUGGCAGGCCAGGCAACUCGCCGAUGGCCAGGCUCCUGCCCAUGCUGUGCAUCCAGGGCCCACGGAGGAAGGACGGCAGCGUGGCAGCUUUGCUGCAGAAGACUGAGCCGCACAACCUUCAGAUCACGGCAGCCUUCCUGGCAGGGCUGUUGUCCUGGGAACACUGGGGCCUGCUGGCCGAGUGCCAGGCAUCUGAGAAGGCCCUGCUCCAGCGCCAGGCCUGUGCCCGCUGGUGUCUGGCCCGCAGCCUCCGCAAGCACUUCCACUCCAUCCCGCCAGCCGCGCCGGGUGAGGCCAAGAGCAUGCACGCCAUGCCCAGGUUCCUCUGGCUCAUCAGGAGUCUGUACGAGAUGCAGGACGAGCGGCUGGCACGGAAGGCUGUACGUGGCCUGAAUAUUGGGCACCUCAAGUUGACAUUUUGCAGCGUGGGCCCCACUGAGUGUGCUGCCCUGGCCUUUGUGCUGCGGCACCUCCGGCGGCCCGUGGCCCUACAGCUGGACUACAACUCUGUGGGUGACAUUGGCGUGGAGCAGCUGCUGCCUUGCCUUGGUGUCUGCAAGGCUCUGUAUUUACGCGAUAACAAUAUCUCAGACCGAGGCAUCUGCAAGCUCAUUGAACAUGCUCUUCACUGCGAGCCAUUGCAGAAGUUAGCUCUGUUCAACAACAAAUUGACUGAUGGCUGUGCACACUCCAUGGCUAAGCUCCUUGCAUGCAAGCAGAACUUCUUGGCAUUGAGGCUGGGGAAUAACCACAUCACCGCUGCGGGAGCCCGAGUGCUGGCCGAGGGGCUCCGAGGCAACACCUCCUUGCAGUUCCUGGGGUUCUGGGGCAACAGAGUGGGUGAUCAGGGGGCCCAGGCCCUGGCUGAAGCCUUGAGUGAUCACCAGAGCUUGAGGUGGCUCAGCCUGGUGGGGAACAACAUUGGCAGUGUGGGUGCUCAAGCCUUAGCACUGAUGCUGGCAAAGAACGUCAUGCUAGAAGAACUCUGCCUGGAGGAGAACCAUCUCCAGGAUGCAGGUGUGUGUUCUCUCGCAGAAGGACUGAAGAGAAAUUCAAGUUUGAAAAUCCUGAAGUUGUCCAACAACUGCAUCACCUACCUAGGGGCAGAAGCCCUCCUGCAGGCCCUUGAAAGGAAUGACACCAUCCUGGAAGUCUGGCUCCGAGGGAAUACUUUCUCUCUAGAGGAGGUUGACAUGCUCAGCUGCAGGGACACCAGACUCUUGCUUUGAAGUCUCCGGGCAGAUGUUCACCUCAGUGUGUUUGUUAGCAAGCUGUGAGUUUGGGCCUCAGAAGCUGAGUGACAUCUGUUGUCAGCCUUCAAAAUGAGCCCUGUCCUGCCGAAGGCUGAACUUGUUUUCGGUGAACACCAUAGAUCACCUUUAUUCUGGCAGAGGAAGGAGCAUCAGUGCCUUCCAGGAUAGACUUUUCCCAAGCCUAUUUUUGCCAUUGACUUCUUCCCAAGAUUCAAUCCCAGGAUGUACAAGAGGGGCAGUCCCUUCCCCGUGGUAUUGGGCUGGUCCCUGCUGAUCCUCCCGGGUUCCCAUGCGGGUCAGUGAGGCCCAUGGAUGUGCCUGUUAACAGAGUGCCUGUUGGUGGAGAGACCUGGACUCUCACGGAAGACCUCUUCCCACUGCUUUGAUGAAGAGUACACAGAACACAUAAUUCAGGAAGCAACUUUCCCCAUGUCUUGGCUCAUCCACGCAGGACGUUCUCCACCUUGGGUUCCUCCCCUCCUCCUGGACUCCUGCACACACUCCUUCCUCUGAGGUUGAAAUUCAGAAUAUAUUUAGUGACCUCAGCUUUGAUAUUUCACUUACAGCACCUGCAACCCUGGCACCCAGGGUGGGAAGGGCUACACCUAAGCCUGCCCCCCUUUCUGGUGCUUAAGACAUUUUUGGAAGGGGACACAGGCCAGCCAUUUGUUCCCCCAAGACAUUCCAGGUUUGAAAGAACAAUAUGACCACACUCCAGCUGGGAUCACACAUGGCCUUUUAUUUCCAGUGAAAUCAAUUACUCCUCAGUUAAGCCUUUGGAAACAGCUCCACUUUCAAAAGCUCCAAAUGCAGCUUUAAAAUAUUAAUCUGGGCCAGAAUUUCAAACGGCCCCACUAGGCUUCUGGUUGAUGCCCGUGAACUGAACUCUGACAACAGACUUCUGAAAUAGACCCACAAGAGGCAGUUCCAUUUCAUUUGUGCCAGAAUGCUUUAGGAUGUACAGUUAUGGAUUGAAAGCUUCCAGGAGCAAAAUCAGGCCCUUCCUUCUAAGCAAAUGUCUUCCUGGAUUAUUCAAAAUGAUGCAUGUUGAAGCCUUUGUGUGCAAAUAUGAUUAUUUUAAACAUUAUGAUGUGUGAAAAUGGGUUAAUAUUUACACAUCACUGUUUUAUUGUCCCAAGUUUAUACUUUUAUAGACAACAUGACCGUGAACUUUAUGCUGUCAAUAAUCAGAGGGAAAUAAACUAUUGAGUCAACACA